AUGGGCCUCCCCACUACCCCGCAAGACUCUGCGCCAGCCUACGAAGAUGUCAUCCAAGACCACCCCGUGAACCAGUAUACGCCGUCUGGGUCGGCAUCAGCAUACUCUGCUGUUCCACAGGAUGAUGUUGAGAUGCAUGCACACAUGCACGACGCUUCCCCACCCACUCCUCAACCUCAAGGCCAAGAGUCUCUUGCUCAGACAAUUGCAGGAGUCUUCCGACCAAAACCACACGUUCACUGCAAAGAGUGCGAUGUCAUGACGCAGGCGAGGGAGCAACGCGAGAAUGAGAAACACUGUUGUACGAUGGUCGCUGUGACGUUCAUCGUUGCCUUCAUAUGCGCCCUGCUUCUUGGAAUAGUCGUUGCGGGCUCGAUCGCGAAGAUUAAGAGACAUAAUAUGCAUGACUGA